AUGGCAAAUGCCUAUGGACAAUCGACAUUAUCGCAAACGAUUUCUUCUAACGCAGUAGAAGUAACUCCACAUGUUGAGCUAGGUCCCUCCACAUCUACAUCCCCUGCCCCCUCAGUUCUUCAACAUCAAUUACAAUUGCAUAAUCAACAGCAUACGAAUUUACCACUAGAGGAGCAAAUUGAAACAUCGUCUCCGCUGCUUACACAGCACCAUAUGCAGCCACCAUCUGAAACGCAACAGUUGCUAAGCACGCACCUGCAAGACCAACUUACCUCUACAGGACCGACGGCAACAACAAAUCCAAAUGUAACCAGUCUCGAUAGUCAAUGUAUAAAUGGUCAACAAUUAUCGGGAUUACAAAAUUAUACGAUAAAUGGUCACAGUAGCCGUUCCAGUUCAACAGCUUCAGGUUCCUCCAAUGGGGGAAGUCGUUCUUCAGCUCACUCAAUAUCCUCGCAUUCGCCGGCAUUACAUCAUGCGCAAUUGGCUGCAUAUCAAAACAACAGCUGUGCUCCCUCCAUAAUGGGUCGUUUAACAGCGGGUAGUGUUGAUAGCGUCGGUAGUACUGGACCCUCUAGUUUUAGUAUGAUUGAUGCCUCUUCUGUUGCGACUACGGCUGGUGGAACUCUAGCCUUACUCCAUCACGCUCAUUUACCGUAUACGACGCAUCCCUCUCAUCACUCUCAUUAUAACCAUCAUCAUCAUCAUCCCCAUCAACAUGCACACGAUACACCUGGACUGUUGGAUAUCUCCACCCUGUAA